AUGUUUUCCCAAGAGUUCAGAGGCAAGCUGCUACCGCAGCCAAACUGCGAGAAGGCGUGGCAACUUGGGCUGGAGACGUUCCAGUCUGGGCACGAUGCAGUCGUGCUGUCCGGGGAGCUGACGUUGAAUCCCGAUGCCAACGGGCCGUUGUUCCUUCUGAAUCUGGAUCCGUUAAAGGUUGGCGGCAAUAACCGAGUAGUGCGACGCUUUGGAGCCGACAGAGUUUUGCAGCUUCUAAUCCCUACGUUGGAUCAUGUCAAAAAGACGACGAAUUGCUCUGAUGCCGAUGUUGAAGAAAUUUCUCGCUGGCUGAAUGACAAGGAGCACUACUUCUUGGGACGCCGAUGGGGCGUCUUUUAUUUCAAAAAAGCAGAGCCGAAACGAGUAAACAAGGGCAAUAACGGCUCCCAGACGGUGCAGCGGAGAAGGAUAUGGCUUUUUGCUGGCAAUGGCGACAGUUUCCGAGCUGCCGAUGGGGGUCUCCCGCCGGGGGAAGACGCCCAUAAUCCAUCAAAGAGGCAGCCAAUCACUAGAUUCCAGUUGCUCGACUAUUUGAUAGGCUUCGGCAACUCCAACCAACAGCUUCCCAAGCUGUUUUCGAGAAUUGGCCUGAGUCUAACAGACACACGCGCCACGGUUGUGCUAAAGACGGGUCAAAUACACCACUGCUCCGAGGACAUUGUGGCGCCCGGCACCGGGAAUGUGAUGAAUGACGGCAUCGGUCGGAUGUCGCCGUCUAUGGGGGCCAACGUCUUCGCCAAGAUCGGUGGAAAGGGACCCGUGCCAUGCGCGUUUCAAGCCCGUUUCGGGAGCGCCAAGGGGAUCUGGAUCAUCCACGACGACCCCGAGCUCGGAGACGGAGACUGGAUAGUGACGUACCCGUCCCAGAGAAAAUGGAACUGCAGUUUCGAGGACGAGCACCAUCGCACGUUUGAAGUCAAAGACUACUCGAAGCCACCUCGGCAGGCGUAUUUGAAUCAACAGUUCAUACCGCUGCUCGAGGCGCAGGCUCACUCCCGCCUGCGCAUGCGCGAGGCGCUGGCUGCUAAUCUCCGCAAAGGCCUGCAGGAGAAAAUCGACGGGCUAACUCUGGCGAUGAAGGAUGCACUCGAUCUCCGACUCGAGGUGUGGCAGCAUGGCAGGUCAACCACGGCCAGCCGCCUGAAUGGCCACGCGCCCUUUUUGGGCGGGCUUCCUCGAGACAAGGAGGAGUCGAUAGCAUACCUGUUGGACAUGGGCAUCGAUGCGAACCACUGCAAGUAUCUGCAGAAUCUCUGCAAGGGGCUUGCGCUGCAGAGGGCAGAGACGCUCAAGGAAAAGAUGAACAUUCCUGUCAAGUCGACCUAUCUCUUCAUGGUGGUGGACUUUGACGGUAUCUUGGAGGAGGAUGAAGUCUCCAUCAUCUUCUCGGAGAACUUCAGCACCGACGACUUUUGCGACAUGAUGCUGGAUGGCAUGGAACUUCUGGUGGCAAGAGCACCUGCCCACCUGCCAAGCGAUAUCCAAAAGGUCAAGGUCGUGUUCCGGCCGCAGCUACGCCACCUGAAAGACGUCAUUGUCUUCCCCAUCAAGGGUGCCUUGUCCCUGGCCGCCAAGCUCAACGGGGGAGACUACGACGGCGACAGAGCCAUCAGCAUCUGGGACCGGGAAAUCGUGCAGAACUUCAGGAACUUCACGGACCUCUCCUUGCUAGGAAACGACUCCGACCUGGUCGAGUGGGGCGUCAUACGGAAAGUGGACAUGCCGUUGUCGCAAAUCCGCCAGCAGCAACCCACCCCAGAGGGCGCCUCCGAUUUGUUUCUCCGCGAGGCUUUCAAGUUCAGCAUGAACGACAACCUGCUCGGCAUCUGCACCGACUACAAAGAGCGGUACUGCCACUACACCGGAAAUGUCAUCAACCGAGACGUCGUUGUCCUCAGCCGGCUGCUCAGCUGUCUGGUCGACCAGGAAAAGCAGGGAUUCGUGUUCACCAAGCAACAGUGGAACGACUUUCUGAAGGGCCGCAAGCUUCCCCGGCCGGGGUCUCUCAAGGAAGGGCCGGACCGCCUCGUGGCCAAACCCGGCGUCCACAUCCUAGACUACCUGCAGGGCGAGCUCAAGGCGACCGUUGACAAGAGGCUCGACGCGUUCGCCAAGGCGCUGACGGCGUCCGAAGCGAGUUACUACGACGCGGACCUGACGGCCAUGUUCAACAGGAUCGACGAAGAGCACGCCUCGGACGACGAGUGGCUCGUGAUCAAGAGGACGCUGCGGGGCGACAUUGACCGCGUGGCGGACGAGUGGUCCAGGCGCAUGAGCUCCCGCCUCAGCGAGGACAGCUACGAGGUCAAGGUGGGCGCGCUGUACCGGGCGUGGCAGGCAAUCCAGCCGCCGCCGGCGCUCCGAUCCUCCCCGCUGGUCCGGACGAUGCUGGAGUUUUGGAACAAGGACCGCGGAACCAACGUCUGGGAGCUCCUGAAGGCCUCCUUCGCCUUCAAGCGGCACUACAAGAAGAGCGAGGGCAAUUUCGUAUGGACCCUCGCGGCACCCCAGCUGGGCAUCCUGAAGCAAAAGGAGAAGGGGGGGCCAGCCGGGGCCGCUGGGCCGGUGAUGGUGCAGCCUGGAAUGUGGGCUGGCUUGCGUCCGGACCAGAAGCACAUCAUGGCGAGGCAUCUGCAUCGGCUGGGCACGGGCGUGGGCGAAACAGCGCGCGCGAUGGUGGAUGAGGAUGCUUCCGAGUACGAUGCGUCCGAGUGCGAUGCGUCCGAGUGCGAUGCGUCCGAGUGCGAUGCGUCCGAGUACGAUGCUAUGGGGGAUGCCACGGACGGGGAUGACUAG